AUGAACUUGACGCAGAAACGCGAGAAAGUAGCCUUGCUUCACCAACAAGGUUCUCAACAAGCAGAGUUGUUGAGAGAACAGGGUGCUCAACAGUUUGAACUGUUGAGACAGCAGCAGGCUGCUGCUGGUGGGUCGAUGCACUCGCGUCGACCCGAAACCUUGAAGAUUGACAUCUCCAAGUAUAGGGGAGUCGAAGAGGACUCCCUCUUGAGAUGGUUCGUCGAAUUGGAUGACGCCAUAAGGGCGCGUCGCAUCGACGAUGGGGAUAUGCAAGUUUCAUUUGCCCAAUCAAAUCUGGCAGAACGUGCCAAGACUUGGGCUUUGGGGCUCAAGUUGCACGACCCAUAUGCGUUUGGGUCGUUGGAAGUCUUCAAGUCGCGGCUCAGACAAACGUUUGAACCGCCUAGAGCUGAUUUCAGAGCUCGAACCGAACUCUUGAAGCUCAAGCAAGGUAAGCGUGAUGUGCACGCUUACGCGCAACAUAUACGACAUCUCACGAGUUGUAUAAGCUCCAACCCGGUUGAUGAACACACGUUGGUUUCGGUGUUCAUGCAGGGUCUUGCGGAUGGUCCCGUCAAGACUCACCUGUUCCGACUUGAACUAGAUUCACUAGAACAAGCCAUUUCCAUUGCGGAGCAGGAAGACUUCAGUCUGAGACAGGCUCGCGCCAGCUCGACAUCAUAUCGUCAACCGAGACGAUAUGACAGCGGAGGUCCAGAGCCGAUGGAACUCUGA